AUGGUACGAUGGACGGGAGUGUAUCAAUGCUUAAUGUUAUGGCCUGAAAAUCUUGCCAUGAUGUUUAAUUCGUUUUUCAACGAUAAGGCUUUCCCACCUGCAACAUCCAGAGCAAUUCGUCAUUCGGUUUAUCGUUGGCUAUUAUUAUCCUACAUCCUCGUGCUACGAGACAUGUCGAUUGCAGUAAAAAAGCAAUUUCCGACCUAUGAACAUUUUGUCAAAGCUCAGUUAUUAACAGAAGCUGAAGUGUAUUUAUUCGAAAAUGCUAACAUUGAGCCGGACUAUUGUCGCUACUGGAUACCAUUACUUUGGAUAUCCCAAACUGUGAAAAAAUAUUAUGUACCUCAGCAUUUAAAAGGAAAGGUAAAGCGUAAAAGUAUUAUGAAACAUACGCAUAUGGGUAUUUUCAUGAAAGAGAUGAUUCGGCUUCGAGGAAAUCUAGGAGAUCUUCUGUGUUACGAUUGGAUCCCGAUUCCACUAGCCAUUGUACAGGUAACAAAGAGGGCAAAUCGUGGAUUUGUGUUCAAUAAACCUAAUUGA